AUGUCGGAACCUGUUCAAUUGGAUCAGCAGGCCAAUGUUACGCGAGACGAUGCCAUGCAAGAGGACAUUGAUAUCGACAACUACGAGCAGCAACAGGGUGAAGAACUACAAGCAGAGCAAGGUAAACAGCUCUCGCCUGAAGAGAGGUUACAGCAGACAGAAAAAGAAGCUGAUGCUUUGAAUGAGCUUAAUGCACAGGCAGGAGCUGCUCUUCGUUCAAACGAUCCUGAGGGAGCUGAAAAAGCGGCCAUUCAGGCUGAAAUUGAUUCCAGGUCAGUGUACAUUGGCAAUGUGGACUACGGCACGGUGCCAAUGGAGUUGCAGCUGCAUUUUGCCUCUUGCGGCGUGGUGGAAAGAUUGACCAUUCAAACGAACAAGAUCACAGGACAGCCCAAAGGUUUCGCCUACUUGGAGUUUGAAACAGCCGAGGGUGCCCACAAGGCCGUGGCGACGCAAGACGGCUCUGAGUUCCGUGGCAGACCGCUCAAAGUGAGUUUGAAGAGAACCAACGUGCCUUCUUUCGUGAGGGGCCGUGGCAGAGGCCGUGGAAUCCGUGGCAGAGGAAAUUUCAGAAGCCGUGGUCGUGGAUUCCGUGGCGGCGGUGGCUUCCGUGGUAGCAGAUUCAACCCUUACUAG